UAAACGACUUAAAGCAUUCGCCAUGAGAUAGAGAAUGAACGAAAUGGCAGGCUGAAAGUAAACGACGACGUGGAGGAAGUUGAACCUCGUCGUAUCAUCUGCUUCCUUCACUUCCCUUCUUUUCCUUCGCGUUCCAUCUCUUCCCACUAUCACCCCAUUCAUCCUCACACAAAAUGUCGAAGCUCCUUCUACACUCUUCUCCCCUCACUACCUCCAUUCACCGCUGCAACGCUUUAUCUUCCGCUUUUUCCCUUCAAUUCCAAUGCCGAUUCUCCUCUUCUCUUCUCUCUCGUCCCCACCCUCUCCGCUCCCACGCGCGAAGAGGAGGCCUUUCCCCGCGCGCAUUCGAUUCGUCUUCCGACGCCAAGAGCGCAGAAGAAGCAGAGGAUAAAGAAGGUGCCGUUGAGAAUCGGAGUGUUAUGAUCGCCGAUGAGGAUUAUCCCAGUGGCGAGUUCGAUUUUGAGCCGAUUACCGGAUGGAGAAGCUUCCUCGUGAAGCUUAAGAUGCUGCUCGCGUUCCCUUGGGAGCGUGUUCGCAAGGGAAGCGUCCUCACGAUGAAGCUUCGCGGCCAGAUAUCUGAUCAAGUGAAGAGUAGGUUCUCUUCAGGACUUUCUCUGCCUCAAAUUUGUGAGAACUUUUUGAAAGCAGCAUACGAUCCUCGUAUUUCUGGGAUUUAUCUUCAUAUUGAUAGUUUAAAUUGCGGGUGGGGUAAAGUAGAAGAAAUUCGAAGGCACAUAUUGGAUUUCAGAAAAUCAGGAAAAUUUGUUCUGGCUUAUGUCCCAUUAUGUCAAGAAAAGGAAUAUUACCUUGCGUGUGCAUGUGAAGAGAUAUACGCCCCACCCAGUGCAUACUUUUCUCUGUUUGGAUUGACUGUUCAAGCCUCAUUCCUCAGAGGUAUUUUAGAUAACAUUGGAAUUGAACCACAAGUGGAAAGGAUUGGAAAAUACAAAAGUGCAGGAGAUCAACUAGCUCGAAGAUCCAUGUCUGAAGAAAAUUGUGAGAUGCUGACUGCAUUGCUUGACAACAUCUAUACAAAUUGGCUAGAUAAAGUCUCUUCUGCCAAAGGAAAAAGAAGAGAAGAUAUUGAGAAAUUCAUAAAUGAAGGUGUUUAUCAAGUAGACAAGCUGAAAGAAGAGGGACUCAUAUCAAAUAUAAUCUAUGAUGAUGAAAUUAUUGCCAUGUUGAAGGAGAAACUUGGAGUGAAAUCAGAUAAAGAUCUGCCAAUGGUGGAUUACAGGAAAUACUCCCGAGUUAGGAAAUGGACUGUUGGAAUACCAGGUGGAAAAGAACUUAUAGCCAUUAUCCGAGCAUCCGGGAGUAUUAGUCGUGUAGAGAGUCAAUUAAGUGUCUCUAGCUCAGGCAUAAUUGCAGAGAAGUUCAUUGAGAAGAUUCGCACUGUCAGAGAGUCAAAAAAAUUUAAGGCUGCCGUCAUCAGAAUUGACAGUCCUGGAGGUGAUGCUCUUGCUUCUGAUUUGAUGUGGAGAGAAAUCCGGCUUUUGGCCGCUUCAAAACCAGUUGUUGCUUCAAUGUCUGAUGUGGCAGCAAGUGGAGGCUACUAUAUGGCAAUGGGAGCUGAUGCUAUUGUCGCUGAAAGUCUUACCUUAACUGGUUCAAUUGGAGUGGUCACAGGAAAAUUUAACCUGGGGAAACUGUACGAAAAGAUAGGCUUUAACAAAGAAAUUAUAUCAAGGGGAAGAUAUGCAGAGCUUCUUGCUGCUGAACAACGUCCUUUCAGGCCAGAUGAAGCAGAGCUAUUUGCCAAAUCUGCUCAGCAUGCUUAUAAACAAUUUCGAGACAAGGCAGCUUUGUCCAGAUCAAUGGCUGUAGAAAAGAUGGAGGAAGUUGCACAGGGAAGGGUUUGGACCGGUUACGAUGCAGCUUCACAUGGUUUAGUUGAUGCUAUUGGUGGCCUUUCUCGAGCUAUUGCCAUAGCAAAAAUGAAGGCUAAUAUACCUCAAGACGAUCAGGUUACUCUUGUGGAGAUCACAAGACCUAGCCCUUCUCUACCCGAGAUUUUAUUAGGCGUAGGGAAUUCCCUCGUUGGAGCUGACAGAACCAUUAAGGAACUGCUACAGGGAUUAGCAUUUUCUGAAGGAGUUCAAGCUCGGAUGGAUGGAAUCAUGUUUCAGACAUUGGAAGAGUAUCCUUUUGGAAACCCCAUUUUGUCAAUAAUAAAAGAUUACCUCAGUUCCCUCUAGUUGUCAAUAGUUCAUUUCAAUCAUUUUGUCUCGAUUUUUAGUUUUAUAGUUUUCCUGUAUUGUUCCUAGUUUCGAGGUUGUCUGAAGGGGUAAUAGAUGAGGAAGGUCUCCUUCGUAUCUCGUGUUACUUGUCCUUGUUCCUUCCAUGUCUCCCUCGCAACCCUUGUACAUGAAUGAUGUAAAGUUGUAAAGUUCAAAGCAUAGUUUUACACAUCAACUUAGACGGAAAUUCGUGUCCA